AUGACCGGCGAAAAGGUGGGGGUAGUGGCCAAUCUGCCCAUCCUGCUGGGACGAAAUGGGCUAGAAGGAGACCUUGCGCAGAAGGUGGGCCCAGUGGAGCCGGUCGAGCUUGAGGACUUGGAUCUCGAGGCUCACAAGGAGCUCCCCCCGACAGUUUGCGUCGAGCAUCCGUCGCAGCCGCUCUGCGAAAGGCUGGUCUUGAUCCUGGGCGUGACCUACGCUCUCGCCCAGGGCGUCUCGGCUCCCGCGAUCGCCCUCUUCACGGGGGAGAGCAUCACCACCGUGACGGCGGCCGGCGCCUCCGGCGCCAGUGAGCACCUCCUGAGCGCGAUGGCGCCCCAGCUCAUCAAGAUUGGGAUCCUGGCGACCAUCCAGUUCUUCUUGGCCUUCGGCUGGCAGACUUGCCUGUCCUGGGCAGCGGCCAAGCAGGCACGUCGCUGGCACCGCGGCUUCCUGGAAGCGAUGCUCUCCCGCGACAUCUCCUGGUACGACCAGCACGAGCCGGCUGGAGUGGCCAGCAAGCUGGAGGGUGAUGUUGCCAAUGUGUAUGUGUUCAUGUCCACUGCCCUCGGAUACCUGGUCGCGGCCUUGGGUCAGACUGUGUCUGGCUUGUCCCUGGCCUUGUACACUGGCUGGCAGCUCUCCCUCGUCGUGUGUGCCACAAUUCCGAUCCUGGCAUUCGCGGGCCAUCGCAUGGGCAGAGAAAUCGAGCAGCAGACCUCCAAGCAGAUUGCAGACUUCGCUCGAGCUUCGAGUGUCGCAGAGGAGUCGCUGAUGGCAAUCCGCACCGUGGCGGCUUUCGGCGGUGAGUCUGUCCAGUCCUCGCGAUUUGAGAAGGAGCUCCUGUCAGCAAAGCUGGGCGGGAUUCGUUCUGGCCUGCGGAUUGGUGCUUCCUGGGGUGGCCUCAACUUCUUCUACUCCUGCCUCUACGCGCUGGCCCUGUGGUUCGGCGGCCACGUCCUCAUGUCCGACGAGGGCGCCGGCUUCGAGCCCGACCACAUCGUCACGGUCAUGAUCGCGAUGAUGGUGGGCAGCUCCGGCCUCAGCGCCUUCAGCGGCUACGCCCCGGUGAUGGCGCGCGCGGUCGUGUCCUUCAAGGAGAUGAGGGAGGUGAUGGAUCCCAGGGGCUCCAAGGGCUCCAAGGACUCCGAGGCCCAGGAGGCCCGGAUAGAGGAGCCGCUCUACACGCCCGCCCUGCUGCCGGAGCAGCUUCGCGUGGUCCAGAGCAUCGAGUUCCGGAACGUCAGCUUCAAGUACCCGACCCGGCCGGACAAGUGGGCCCUGAAGAAUUGCAGCUUCCGAGUAGAGAGAGGCCAGAAGAUUGCCUUCGCGGGCGAGAGUGGCUCUGGGAAGAGUACCACCAUCCAGCUCCUCGAGCGAUUCUACGCAGGGGAGGUGCUGGUGAACGGAGUCCAUCUCAGCCAAGUCUCCGCCAAGGCCUGGCGCAAGCUCAUCGGCUACGUCGGCCAGGAGCCGGUGCUCUUUGCGACCACGGCCAUGAGCAAUAUCAAGGCAGGAGACGCCUCCAUCACCGAUGCCAUGGCGAUCAAAGCCGCCAAGGCCGCGCAGAUCUACGACACUCUGCAAGGGCUGCCACAUGGCCUGGACACCUUCGUGGGCGCGGGAGGCGGAAUGCUUUCGGGAGGACAGCGGCAGCGCGUUGCCAUCGCGCGUGCUCUGGCCAAGAGCCCUCAGGUCUUGAUCCUUGACGAGGCAACCUCGGCACUGGACAACGAGUCUGAGCGCAUGGUGCAAGCCACCCUGGACGCGCUGGGCACGGACUUCACCACUAUUUCCAUCGCUCACCGGCUCAUGACCAUCAAGGGCUCCGACGUGAUUUAUGUCCUUCAGGAUGGGAGUUGCUGUGAGCAAGGCGGCCACGAAGAGCUCAUGGAACAGAAAGGCGUCUACUACAGCAUGGCCACGCUGCAGCAGGCGAAGAGCGAGGAGAAGGAGGAGAACCCCUCCCCCACCCAGGUGGCAUCGCCGGCAAGCCUCCGAGAGUCCAUAGUGACACCGGAGGAGGAUCCAACCAAACCUUCGGGCGCCGCGCCACGGCGCCGCCUGCUUGGCAUGAUGGACGUCUACUGGUGGAUCUGGCCGGUUGCCUUCGUCAUCGUGGCAGCAGAGGCCUGUGGGAUGCCCCUCCAAGCCUUCUUCUUCAACAAAGCCGUCAUGUCGCUCUUCGACGGGGGCGACGCUCUCAACGGGGCAGUCUUGGGGUUGGUGGUUGUGGGAUUAGGCUCCGGUUUCUUCACCUUGCUGCAGAACUCCCUCUUCACCUACCUGCAGGACUUGGAGGAGUGCUUGUGCAUGAUCCUGCGCAAGGCGGCCUUCGCCAGCACCAUCCGCAUGGACAUGGCCUUCUUCGACGCGCCCGAGAACCAGACGGCCAGCAUCCUGGUGUCCUUGGAGAGGCACAUGAACCGGGUGGGGCAGAUGCUCGGCAUCCAGCUCGGGAACUCCACGGGCGCCGUCCUCACCUGCUUCCUGGCCAUCGGCGUGAGUUUCUGGGGCUGCUGGGUCCUGGCCACGGCGGCCCUGGUCUUCUUGCCCUUCUGCGCCCUCCUGUCCUUCCUGGUGGCCAUCGGCGCCGCCCGGAACGAGCCCGAGGCCGAGGCGGCCUACGCCGCCGUGGGCCACGCCACGUCCGAGGCGGCCACGUCCAUCCGCACGGUGCGCGCCUUGGGCGCGGAGGAGCGCACGCUGGAGCUCAUCGACGUGUCCCUGAACAGGCUCACCGAGCUCAAUGCCGCGAAAGCCUGGAAGCUUGGGCUCUCCCUCGCCCUGAACCUGAGCAUCUUUCCGGCCAUCUUCUUGGCAGGCUUCUGGAUGAGCGCCGCGAGCAUUCAGUACUGGGGCUUCGAUGCCAGGCAGGUCAUGCUGACCCUCUUCUGCGUGGUCUUCGGGGUGAUGUCUGUCAGCUCCAUCGUCCAGUACAUCCCGGACUCUGCGUCCGGCUACCAUGCUGCUGUCCAGGUCUUCCGCCUCAUCGACCAGGUCUCGAAGAUCGACGCCACGCAGCCGGUGGGCAUUGAGAGCACCGGGGAUGGGUCGAUUGAGUUCCAGGAGGUGCACUUCUGGUACCCCCACCGCCCCGAGGUGCGCGUGCUCAAGAAGCUGAGCUUCAGCAUCCGGAAGGGCGAGUCGGUGGCACUGGUGGGCUUCUCGGGCAGCGGCAAGUCGACGGUGAUCCAGCUCCUCCAGCGCUUCUACGACCCCCAGUGCGGCUCCAUCCGCGUCGGCGGGGAGCUCGGCGCCGACCUCCGAGACCUCAACGUGGCCUGGUGGCGCCGGCAGCUGGGGGUCGUCGGCCAGGAGCCUGUGCUCUUCGACAUGUCCCUCGCAGAGAAUGUGCGGUACGGCUGCCCCGAGGCGACCGACGAGGAGGUGUGUGAAGCGGCCAAGCAAGCCAACAUGGACUACGUCUUCUCGGAGUGUGAUGGAAGCAGCUACGCCCUCUCGGGCGUGAACACGGGCGCCGUGAAGUGGGCGGACCGGGUCGGGCUCCGCGGGGGGAAGCUUUCGGGCGGGCAGAAGCAGCGCUGUGCCAUCGCCCGGGCCCUGCUCCGCCGGCCUCAGUUCCUGCUCCUGGACGAGGCAAUGUCGGCCCUGGACUCGGUGUCGGAAAGCCUCAUACAGCAAGCGAUGCAGGAGGCAAGGGUGGGCAGAACCACCAUCACCGUGGCCCACCGUUUAUCCACCAUCCAGAACUCGGACAAGAUCUUCGUUCUGUCGGACGGACGGCUGGUGGAGUCUGGCACCUACCAGGAGCUCAUGAGCUUGCGGGGCAACUUUGCGACGCUUGCAGCCGGAAGCCUGUGA